AUGCUGGAAGGACCUUACACAGGCAAGAAAGAGGAAAAUGUCUCUCUUUGUGCAAAAAGCCCAACAAGACUAUCAAGCCUUAGCACCAUUGGAAGAAAAAAUGAUGGGGAUAAACGGUUUCAAUGUUCAGAGUGUGGAAGGAGUUUCAACUACAAAUCACAUCUUCUUGUACAUGAAAGAAUCCACACAGAAGAUAAACCGUAUAAAUGUUCAGAGUGCGGAAAGAGUUUUUGUCUGAGUUACAACCUUCUAACUCAUCAAAGAAUCCACACUGGAGAAAAACCAUAUAAGUGCUCAGUGUGUGGAAAGAGUUUCACUCAGAGCAGUACGCUUUUUAAUCACCAAAGAAUCCACACAGGAGAGAACACACAUACAUGUCCCAGUUGUGGAAAGUGCUUCAGCCAGAAAAUUGACCUUCUUAGUAAUCAAACAUUCCACACAGGGGAGAAACUGUAUAAAUGCUUAGAGUGUGGAAAGAGCUUCACUCAGAGCUCUUCACUCAGAGGAGAGAAACGGUAUAAAUGUUCAGAGUGCGGAAAGAGUUUCCGUCUGAGCUCCAACCUUCUUACCCAUCAAAGAAUCCACACUGGAGAAAAACCAUAUAAAUGCUCAGUGUGUGGAAAGAGCUUCACUGACCGUAGUAGCUUUUCUCGUCAUCAGAGAAUCCACACAGGAGAGAAGCCGCAUAAAUGUUCCAAUUGUGGAAAGUGCUUUAGCCAGAACAGCCGCCUUCUUAGCCAUCAAAGAAUCCACACAGGGGAGAAACCAUAUAAAUGCUUAGAGUGUGGAAAGAGUUUCACUCAGAGCAGUACGCUUUUUAAUCACCAAAGAAUCCACACAAAGAAGCCACAUAAAUGUUCCAGUUGUGGAAAGUGCUUCAGCCAGCAAAGUGACCUCCUUAGUCAUCAAAGAAUCCACACAGGAGAGAAACCGUAUAAAUGCCCAGAGUGCGGAAAGAGCUUCACUCAUAGCAAAAGUCUUCGUAGUCAUCAGAGACUUCAUGCAGGUGAGAAACCAUUUAAAUGUGCCGAGUGUGGGAAAAGCUUCAGUCAUGGCAGCAACCUUACUUAUCAUGAAAGAACCCAUACUGGUGAAAGACCUUAUAAGUGCUCAGAGUGUGGAAAUAACUUCACUGACCGUGCUGGCCUUUCUCGUCAUCAGAGAAUCCACACAGGAGAGAAGCCACAUAAAUGUUCCAUUUGUGGAAAGUGCUUCAUCCAUAACAGUAUCCUUCUUAGUCAUCAGAGAAUCCACACAGGGGAGAAACCGUAUAAAUGCUUAGAGUGUGGGAAGAGCUUCACUCAGAGCAGUACGCUUUUUAAUCACCAAAGAAUCCACACAGGGGAGAAGCCGUAUAAAUGCUUAGUGUGUGGAAAGAGCUUUGCUCAGAGCAAUGGCCUUCGUUAUCAUCAGAGGCUCCAUACAGGUGGGUGUGAGAAAAGCUUUACACACAGGGCAGAAGAUUGUUUAAACAACUGUUAA